GUAAAUUUAAAGAAGCAGAUGCAUUUGAAACGCAAUACGAUAUUUCUAGGGCUUCGAUUGGAAAACACCAAUUUCUCCACUCCUCUCCUCGAAUUCACGCAUAUUAGCUUAAUCGAUUGCUCGUCACUUCUUAUUAGGUGGUGCUGGAGGCUCUGCUUAAUAUAUUUUCUAAAGCUAGAUUCUGUUGCAUGUAUCUCACUCUGUUAAUUUAGAUGGAGCAUGUUCCCCACUCUAUGGACUUUCCAGUACCUGUAGUGCAAAUGGGAGUGGUACCAAACAUGUCAAACUAUCACGAUCCAAAGCAUUUUAAUGUGACAAUGGGUCAAAUGAGUUUUCUGGAGCCAAUAUCAUAUGAUUCUGAGUUCGAUGCUGUUAUGUUGGCUAGCAAUGAUGCUGUACAGUGGCAAUCUACAUAUGGUAGUGUGGAGUCAAGCUCCAUCACUAUGUCAAACCAACCCAGACUUGAUGAUGCACCUAUACUGGGUAGUAUAACUAGGCCAGUGGAAAGGAAUGCUGAGAUGGGACAUGCAUUGAACAGUUAUGUUUCUCUGCAGAUGCAGUUGCCUAGCAAAGGCACAGUAAAUCUCAGAGCAGAUGAUCGGCCCCUUGGGUCUGUGCAAUCAUCAGAAUCCAGAAGGAAAACCGGACCAGUGCAGCACAGUCUAGGUUCUCCAGAUUCACAGGCUCACUCCGCAUUAAGUAAAAGAAAGGUACACCCUGAGUCUAUUGGUAAAUCUGGCUCACAACGCGGACGGCCUCCAAAGAAGCAAAUUACUAAAAUUGAUUCAGCAACCAAGUCUCAGCCUGUGUUGUCUGAUGCAGUCAGGUCCAAAAUGAGGGAGUCUCUGGCUGCUGCACUGGUUUUGGAAUCUCAAAACCCAGAUAAUGCCUCAACUGGCAAGAAAGAUAAAACUGAGCAUUCUGCUACACAUCAGAUGCUCGAAGGUUUCCAGUCUCGUGCUGUUAAUGAGGGGGUAGAUCCUUCUCAAGGAUCAGCAUUAGAUACUACUAGUGAUUCUCUGGAGUUAUCUUGUGAGAAUUCUAUGAAAAGAAGCAAGUUUAGUGGUGCACAGAGCUUUCAUGAAUUCCAGUUUAAUUCCAGUUUGCCUGAUGGCAACAUUCAAUUCAGUGACAAUAUUUUUAUUAAAGAUGAUCUUUUGCAAGGAAAUGGGCUUUCUUGGGAAAUUCAUGCUGAUGCACAGAUGGAGGAGGGGAAAGUGGAUCAGAAUGAGGAUAAGCCCAAAUCUGCGAAAGAGGAAGCUGACUUCUAUGAUAAUGGAAACGAGGUAGCAAUUUUGACACCAGAGAACUUGGCUAUUAAAAUUGAAGCUGAACUGUUCAAGCUAUUUGACGGCAUAAACAAAAAGUACAAAGAGAAGGGUAGAUCUCUUUUAUUCAACCUCAAAGAUCAGAAGAAUCCGGAACUGAAAGAAAGAGUUAUGUCGGGUAAAAUAUCUCCUGAAAGACUAUGCUCAAUGACAGCGGAAGAGCUUGCUUCCAAGGAAUUAUCAGAGUGGCGUAUAGCCAAAGCCGAAGAAUUGGCUCAAAUGGUAGUUUUACCUGAUACUGAAGUUAAUAUGAGGCGCUUGGUCAAGAAAACUCACAAGGGUGAGUAUCAAGUAGAAUAUGAGCACGAUGAUGAUGAUGGCAUUGCUGAUGAGGUUUCUAGAGGCAGUUCUGUGAACAUACAAAGUUUACUGAAAAAGGAGACUGGAAAUUACUCUCCGAGUCCAAGUUGUACGGAUGAAGACAAUGUUGCUGGUCAAGAAAAAAAUGCAGAAUGCCAGGAAUUUUCUGGUAGCCUGGUUAUUCCCACUGAUGGAAAUGAUUUAAUGCAAGGAAUGAUGGUGGAUGAUAUCAAGGAUGCGGCAUCUCUACCUCCUGUUAUCUCACUGGAUGAGUUUAUGGAAUCCCUUAAUUCCGUACCUCCUUUUGAUAAUUUUUCAGAAGAUGCAGCUCAGAAAAUCUCAGUAGCUCAUGAGGUGAGCCAGAAAGUGGUUAGCAACACUCAGACUUCUGGUAGAGCUUCAAUCUCUCCUAGGGAUGCCCAGGCUUCUUCUCGUAGAGCUUCAAUCUCUCCUGGAGAUGCUCCCUCAAGAAGGGCUGACGUUAGCAAGAAAUAUCAAUCUCUGUUGAAUCAAGUUCCUAGCAGUGCAUUGGAGGUUGCAUCUAUUUGGGAGGGUAUUCUUCAGUUGAAUGUAUCAUCCUUUGUCACUGUUCGUGGUCUAUUUCAGAGUGGUGAAAAGACGUCCGCAAAGGAGUGGUCCCCCUCUCUUGAGAUCAAGGGCAGAGUCCGUCUCGAUGCUUUUGAGAAAUUCCUUCAGGAGCUCCCCAAGUCUCGAACUCGUGCACUCAUGAUAAUCCAGUUCGUGUUGAAGGACAAAUCAUCUGAGAGUCAGCAGUCCACUAUUUCUGAGGCUAUUAAUUCGUACGCCUCGGACGAAAGGCUAGGAUUCGCGGAGCCAGCAGCUGGAGUCGAGCUCUACCUAUGCCCCCCUACUCCAAGAAUUGCAGAACUGCUAAAGAAGCACCUGCCCAAGGAAGGUCGUGAGAGUGAUAAUUCUGUGGGAAAUGAACUGAUGGGUGUAGUUGUAUGGAGAAGAGCUCAUUUAAGUGUAUCUCCUAAUGCAUCUUCGUAUCACAAACACCCCUCCAAAAAGCAACCAUUUUCUUCUUCUAAUAGGCUACAACAUUCAUCAAAUGUUAAUGUUAAUAUCCCCGCGCAUCGGGCUUUGGCUCAUGUGUCCAAAAACACGUUGCAUCUGAAGUCUGAACCAGAGGAUGAUGAUGACAUUCCUCCCGGGUUUGGGCCCACAAGAGACGAGGAUGAUUUGCCUGAGUUCAAUUUCUCUGGUGAUUUCAACUCGUCCGCAGCUAGGUUAUCAUCGCGAGAAAUGCAUAGUUAUGAUGAUAAAAUGACGACGACUCCGGUCGAUCGUGUGAGAGAGCUUAUUAAAAAAUAUGGACAAAGUAGUGACAGUGCCGUUACUAUGAAUCGAGCGGAGAGUAGAGGUCUUAGCGUAAAGUCGUGGGAGGACGACGAUGAUAUUCCAGAGUGGUGGCCGGAGGGCCCGACUUGCCUCCCCACUCACCCAAUGGGUUCGGAUUUAGUGUACCAGCAGCCAUUGGGUGGGCUUGUGCAGCCAGCUCGAUGGCCGCGGCCUCGCCAGCACAUGCAUGAUGCGAGAUGGAAGCAACAAUAGUUUGUAAUUUGUUGAUGCGUUAAGUUUUUGGAGAAAGGAGUAUUUUGGCCUUGCUCUUGAGGAAAUAAAACAAGUAGUAAUAAUUUUCUCUCGGUUUGAAGGAGUUUCAUUUCACUUCAUGGAUAUUGUAAUCAAUUUAUCUCCUAAUGUUUUUUCACUAUACAUUAUAUUUUAUGUGCUCAUUUUGAAGUUCAA